UUUAUUUUUUGUCAAAACACGUGCGUUUCUACGACUUCGAAUUCGAUUUCGAAAUACGAAAUUCGUCGGUAAUUAAUUUUUCUAUCAUUAGAAAUAAUGAAAAUUUACCUCGCUGUUCGCGAUUUAAUCAGUGAUCUGUUUCGAAUAUAGUAAUAUGGAAGUAUUCGCCGUCGGUGAACUCGUCAGCCCAAACUUCAAAGUUGUACCGGUGACUGAAAACGCAUCCUUGAUCAGUACCGAUCUUCAAACUGAAAUAGGUACUUCUGGAAUAUUUACAAUUAAAGUAAUAACUGGUAUCUUUGAAAUCCUAGGAUGGAAACUGACUGCAGCUUCGGAUGCUGUGAAGAUACACUCGACGAAGGAAUUCUCGCUCAAGAUUUCACCAGUUUCGAAUAAAAGCAAAAACAAGACGACGUUGAAUCGAGCUUACUUGAAAUCGUUCAAUUUUAACGAUGCUAUAAUCGAUAAUGUAUCACAAUUUUUCGAAUCUGCCACUUACUUACUAUUGAUAACAACUGAUGAAAGUUCGACGCUGUUUGGAAAGUAUUUAGAAAGCUACAUAGAGUCUCCUUUGUACUCGAAAAGAAUUUUGGAAAAAAGUGUAAUUUCGUUCGAUAGUAGUCACGCCUUUCCUAAGUAUAAUUCCAUUAGAACGCAUCAAGAAUGGCUUCACUUUGGAUCGACGUUAAUCAAAGCUGGAAAAAAAGUGAUCAUUACUGGUGGAAAAAAUGCUGGAAAGUCAACUCUUCUGAAGUAUUUGAUAAAUAAAAGUCUCGCUAGUAAUUCGAAAGUGUUGGUUUUGGAUUUCGAUCCUGGUCAAGCUGAAUUCACUGUUAUGGGAUGUUUGAGCGCUGUACUAGUUACGAAACCUGUCUUAGGACCUAAUUUUAGCCAUCUCGUUACCCCAGUCAAGAGUUUCUAUUUGGGAGCCAUUUCCGUAUCUGAUUGUUCGCAGCAGUACAUGCAGUACGUGAAAAAAAUAAUCCAACUGUGUUCAUCUGUCGCAGCCUAUCGUGAUAUACCAUGGUUCAUAAAUACGAUGGGAUUUACUAAAAGUUUGGGAACUGCUCUGUUGAAACAAAUAGUCACUGAAAUUCAGCCAACAGAUGUGAUACAAAUAAACAGUAAAAAAAGAGAAGAUAAUUUCUCCAGUAAUUUAACGAAAGAAUUCAUCUCAAAUAAUGAUCGAGUUGUUCAACAAUCGUUAAAUUACAAAUUGCACGUGAUUCCUUCUGUAUCGACGAAUGCGUAUGGAACGUUCGAUCCUUCGACAUCAGGUAUUAGUCCGGCCAAGAAACGUGAAUUGGUUGUUUUAUCAUAUUUUUACGAAAUGUUGAAUCCAGAAAAACCCAUUUUCACCGAUUGCUCGCCUUACAAAUUUCCUCUGAAUGAUAUUCGUCUCAUGAUUACCGCCAAUGACGAGGCCGUCGAAUUGAAUAUGAUAGCUAAAAUGAUCGCCUUGAAUGCAACUUUGAUUGGUUUAUGUUACGAAGAAGAACCAAAGCUCGUUGAAUUCAAAGGGUUCGGAAUCGUCAGAGGAGUUAGUUUCAAAGAUGAAGAAAUAUGUAUCGUUACCCCAGUGAGUGAAGCAGAAUUGGUGCAAGUGAACGUCAUAUUUAUGGCAUCUACUAUUCAGUUACCCAGUUCUGUAUACAACGUUCGAAAUGGUAAUGUUAAAGGGAACAUACCCUAUAUGGCUCAAAUCGGUUCUUCGCAUUUGAAUAAAAUAAUUAGAAAGAGUAGUAGUAGAAUACGAAUGUAUGAUAAACAUUCAACAGGUUGAUGGAUGCGAAAGCUGUGAUUUAUUUUCAUUAUCUGUGUUCUGUACCUAUUAUUUGUGUUGAAUACAUUAUUGCAACUUUUUAAUAAAAAUAUUGUUUCUUUUGUA